AUGGCAUCUCUUCUAAUUCGUCUUAUAUUGGUCAUCUUUAUUUUGAGUGUCUUAGUUACCGGUCAAGGAGCUAGAGGUGGCAGCAGCAUGCGACGUACCGUUACUCGUGGUGGUGGCCGCGACGGUGGUAUCGAUGCUCGUGACGCCAGCUCCUCUUCAAAUUUAGGAGACGAUCCGGCGAACUCCGUUGCUAUUGCAGGUGGCGUACUUGGUGGCUUUGCUGGUAUAUGUAUACUAUAUUAUGGUUGUAAAUAUUGGUCGAGAUGCAAAGCAGCUCGUGCUAAUAACAUUGCCCUUAAUAAUACCCCGAGAACUGAUACGUUUAAUAUACAAAAUUUACCCCGUUUUCAAUCGGGUAACUGGUUGAGUAGAUAUUACCAGUAUGACAAAUGGCAUGAUUGGCAUCAGCUAUCGCUUUCAUUCAAUCCAACACAAUUGAAAGUGAAUGGAAAUGGUUUUAAUGAUGUCGGCACGUUUAAAAUACAAGGAAUUUACUCAAUUAAAAGGCAUCGAAUGAAGCUGACAAAAACAUAUGAACGAGAUACAGGUAAUCGUAUAGAAAACAUGGGACAUAAAGUAAAAAUUCAUCUGAAAUGGAAUACAAUAGUUAAUCAGUUUGAAGGUGUAUGGUGUGUGAAAACGAAGAAAUAUCAAGAUCAGAAUAAAUUUGAACUCAAACUAGAUACUUUACAAGUGCAAUCGAUAGAUUCAACUACUCACAAAUAUUAA